AAGUCGAACAUUGUAUAUUAUAGUAGAAAGCAUUUCCAUUCAUUAAAUGUGCAAAUGAUUUGUGAUAGUGAUUGUCGUAUUUUAAACGUAAAUGCGAAAUACGGAGGAGCCACCCACGACGCUUUUAUUUGGGAAAAGAUAGCUUCGACUAACUGUAUUAAUAUACAGAGCAGUUCGAUGGCAAGGACCAGGGUAGCUAUUGAAAAUACUUUUGGGCGACUAAAAAACCGAUGGCGUUGUUUGUGUAAGGAUCGCACAUUACACUAUGCUCCAGUAAAAUGUGCAAAAAUCAUAACAGCAUGCUGUGUAUUGCACAACUUAGCCAUUGAGUUCAACAUACCUGAACCAGAACCAGCAGAGAUUGAAAACCCCAAUUUGGCUAUGACAAUAUCUGAACAUAUUUUUCAAGAGAAUACUAUAGGAGAUGGGUUAAUUAGGGGUAGAGCUAUAAGAAGUAUUUUAGUGGAUAAAAUUAAUAGACUUCAUACAUAAUUUUACUUUUGUUUAUUA